AUGGCGGAUCAGCAGCUUGCGAACAAGGCUGCAGCCCCUGCACAGCCCAUCAACCUUCUUCUCGACAUUGUUAAUGGGCGACACAAGCUUUCUCGGGCCAUCCCCAUUGCUCUCCUGAUCUUCGAUGCUCUCCUCUGCAUCCUGAUCAUACUCAAAGUUCCCUACACCGAAAUCGAUUGGGUCGCAUACAUGGAACAGAUUGGACAAAUUGUUGCCGGCGAGCGCGACUACAGCAAGAUCAAAGGCGGCACUGGACCUCUGGUCUACCCGGCCGCACAUGUCUACACCUACACGGGACUUUACUAUCUGACCGAUGAGGUGGUCAUGGCAUGCUACUGGCAGGCAAAGGUUCCGCCCUAUAUAUUUCCGAUUCUCGUCCUGUCGAAGCGACUACACAGCAUCUUCGUCCUACGAUGCUUCAACGACGGCGUCGCAGCCCUUUUCUUCUGGCUGGCCAUUUUCAGCAUGCAGCGUCGUAACUGGGCUGCUGGCGCGCUUCUCUACAGCUGGGGCGUGGGGGUCAAAAUGUCCUUGCUUCUUAGCCUGCCCGCCGUGGCUGUGGUCCUCUUCUUCGGCCGAGGCCUGAAGGGCAGCUUACGCUUGGCGUGGCUCAUGGCACAGCUACAGGCUCUAAUCGGAUUGCCCUUCUGGGCAAGGCAUAUGCGGUCGUACUGGGGUCGCGCAUUCGAGUUGUCGCGGCAGUUCUUGUACAAAUGGACAGUCAACUGGCGCGUCCUGUGGCUCUUCAUCACGACGCGCUGGCUCAAGCCCGCCCAAAAGCCGCUGUCGGCUAUGAUCCCAGCACUCCUCAAGGCCGACUCGCCCUUCAACCCCCUGGAGGAGAUCCAGGUUUCCGGGUUCGUGACGGUCAAGUACAUCAUGACCACGGUCUUGACGGCCAAUGUUAUCGGCCUCCUCUUCGCCCGUUCCCUCCACUACCAAUUCUAUGCCUAUCUUGCCUGGGCGACUCCAUACCUCCUCUGGCGCAGCGGUAUCCCGUUCCCCUUCGUCUACAUUCUGUGGGGUGUACAGGAGUGGGCCUGGAAUGUCUACCCUAGCACAGAUGCCAGCUCGAGCGUCGUCGUUGGUAUGCUGGCCUUCACUGUUGGCAGCGUGUGGUUCGGAACGGCGAACGACAAGCUCGAGAGUGCACCUCUUCCGAAGCCUCACCUGCCACCGAGCAGGAAGGCUGGGUCGAAAGAGCAGUGA